AUGAAGAUGGAGAACCCGACGACUCCACACAAUCAAAAGGAGGAUUUCCGCACCUUCAUCGCCAGGGUCAAUGGCAAAUUCGAUCUUGAGAUCCCCCUCCCUGGAAUUGAGUCCCCCUCGGCCCGGGAAAAGGAUACCAGCCUUCCGAGUCAGAUCUACAAGCACAUCCGGCCCCUGUUCUACAAUAAAAAGAUCGACAAGAGGUCCCUGCUGGACAACCUCGAGGAAUGGGCUCGCGGUAAUCUGCAACCGGCCAGUAACCAUAUCCACGCCCAACACUCAGCUAGUCAGACAGCGGCAGCUCGUCGGGCGAGCCAACGACACUCGAGCGAGGAACCCCCGCUGCAACUUAAGCUCACUGGACCUCAGAGGGAUGAGUGCAUGAAACAGUUGCUAUCGCUCAUGAAAGAUGAAGAAUAUUUUCUUGCAAAUGGUCGUGUGAUAAACACGAAGAAAAGGUUAGCUGUCAUUUCUUUUGGGGAGGCCAAGGGCUUAUCACCAAAGAAACGAAGGUUGGACAAAAACGACGAUGAUGAGGACGAACAAUUCCAUACCGCGCCCAAUUCACCCGAGAAGAGCUAUCUCCUGGCUCAGUCACCACUAGGGAAGAAUGGCGAUGGAAACGUACAGCUUCCCGAGAAGAUGCAGGCUGCCUUUCAAGGGGUCAGCGGGCAAUUCGUCACGGGAAGGCCAAAUUCAUCCGUUGCCUGGAAGGAAUGGUGGAACCACUCAGUCAUUUGGCAAGAGCCAAGAAAAGUUCAAUUCGCCAGCGAAGUAUUCGUCGACUUUUCCACCCCCGCAAAAGAACAGGCAGUGCAGCGUCAAGGAUUCCAGCAGUUGCCCACUCGGUCAUCGUCCAAACUCCAAGGCAAUGCUCCUCCGGCGAAAAGGUCGACGGGUACAUCCUUGCCAGCGAAGGCUCAAGGGGUUGCUCGGUCGCCAGCGAGGGCCAUAGGAUCUGGUCAAUCGCCCUCCAGGACUUCUGUCAAGUCACCCUCCAAAUCACCUAUGAAACAAAUGGAUCUUCGAUCGUUUGGAUUUGGCAGUCGUUCUACCAAAGAAACUCCUUCUGCUGAGGAGGAUGUCGAGUUUAAGAAGCCUACCUUGUUUGAAAAGCUCAGUGCGGCAUCCGAUGAAUCAAAACGUAAUACUAUGUCUCAGUCAGCCAGUACGAGCUUUUCAACGACGGCUGCUUCAUCGAUUUUCAUGUCUCGUGACAGUGACAUGGCACAAUCAUUCGACACAGUCAUGACGGAGAUUUCUGAUGAAGUCGACACCCAAUCGACUUACGCGGACUCAGUUGUUGGGUACAUGAUCAGCGACGAGAUGAAACGAACCGUGGACGCUGCUGCUAUCUCCAUGCUGGUCAAUGCCGACGCCGCUGAGACGGAGUUUUCUCUCAAACAGGAGUUUGUGGGCGAGCUUCUGUCCUACGGUCCGUUUUCGGCGGAAGAGUCCUUCUCAGCGAAAAUACCACUCCGGUUUCGAUACGAGCUGGAGCGCAUUGCACGCUCUUGGGGUAUGCCUUUUAAAGAGAUUCUUGUUGGCGACCGUCUUCCCUUCAAUACUCAAGAUGGUUUCUGGUCAUGGGUUAGUACGCUCGCUCAACGAUAUGACCGCCCGAUGCCCGAGAAAUCGCCGCGCCGAGCUUGGGAUGCUGCUGUUGGUGACUUUAAAGCAGGUAGACAUUCAGAGACGAUCAUAUUGUCUGGGGACUUGGACUGGUGUGAAGAGUCCGAGUCGGGUAUAUUCAAAAUGAAACUCAACCCGCUGAAGCCAGAACGGACAUGCCGAUUCCAUCGAAGAUUUGGGUCGGAUAGAUUCCUUACUCUCACCAUUCCAGCCCCAGAUCGGCCGCCUAGUCAUCAAAAACAGCCCUCUUACCCGUCUGCCCUGCGUGAGAGUAUUGCCUCCUGGCUGGCGCAGAAUUCUCACCGAUGUCUUGGGCGGACAUGGAGAGCAUUCUUCGUCGAAGAACUAAAGUCCAAGCGGAAAGUUAAAGCUGAGCCUCGUUUCCGUGUUGAGUUCUUUGCUGUCGAUGGUGAAGACUUCGAUCGGAGAUAUCCGCUGCCGCCAUCUAUAGCUCCGCCUGGGCAGCAAAAUGACAGCCAUACUCGGAUGAGUGUAGAAGCUUUGCUUGAAUGGCAUAUGCCCAGAUCUGCAAACGGUAAUCAAAGCAAUUGUAAGCUCUUCCAGCGCAUAUCUCUCGGGCUAUCAAAAACUUUCGCCACGGUUGUCUUAAAGCCAGACCAAGUAUUACGUCUGAAGGAUGAUCCAUCUCGAACUGUCAUGAAUGAUGGAUGUGCUUUGAUAUCGAGAGCUCUUGCAAAUCAAGUUUGCGAUCAACUGGGAAUCACCACCGCCACACCCAGUUGCUUCCAGGGCAGAAUCGCAGGCGCUAAAGGUCUCUGGAUGGUUGACUGCCAUAACUCAAGUAUUCAUACUAUGAACGAUGAUGCCAUCUGGAUUCAAAUCUCAGAUUCACAACUGAAGAUCCAUCCACAUCCACAGGAAUGGUCUGACCCAGUCGAUGAUGAAAAGCUGACGUUUGAAGUUGUCAACUGGGCCAAACCAUUACACCCAGUGGACCUCAACAUCCAGCUACUUGCGAUCUUGGAGUAUGGGGCCAAUGUAAAAGAAUACAUUGCUAAGCUUACUCGUGAUGGUGUACAGAGCCUUUACGAUGACUUUCUUCAGGUCCUACGUGCGAACAGCCCCGUUGUUUGCAGAGCACUGCUCCAGAAACUCAAACCUUCUGGCGAGGAUGGGACUGGCAAAGCUCGACGUCUAGAGCAAUGGGCGACCAAUGAUGGCGAGUCUAUCAUCCGAUUCUCAGAAGCUGGAUUUGCUCCACGAGACUUUUAUCCACUUCGGAUGAAGAUCCGCCAGUAUUUGACAUGGCUUCUUGAGCGCCAUGUUGAUGAGCUUAAAAUCCAAGUUCCUCUUUCGACUUACGCUUAUUGCAUUGCAGAUCCCUAUGGAGUUCUUGAGCCGGAUGAAGUUCACUUCGGCUUUUCGAAUAAUUGGCGGGAUCCACAGGGCCAGUUCGAAGACAACUUGCUUGAUGGAGUAGACGUUCUCGUUGGUCGACUCCCAGCGCAUGUGCCUUCUGAUAUUCAACGACGCAAAGCAGUCUGGAAAACCGAACUACGUCAUUUUAAAGAUGUGAUUGUGUUUCCUACCAAGGGAGAUUUCCCACUAGCCGGUAUGCUCUCUGGUGGAGAUUACGAUGGCGAUACGCCGUGGAUCUGUUGGGAUCCAAUGAUUGUUCAAAAUUUCCGGAAUUCUCCCAUGCCCGCGCAUGAAUACCCGCCAGAGCAUUACGGACUGACCAAACAUUCUGUUCCGAUGGCAUCAUUGGGGUCGACGGAAGACUUCCUGGAAAGCGCGUUCGCUUUUAACCUUAACACUUCAAGCCUCGGUCGAUGCACCGUUGAGCACGAGAAAUUGGCAUAUGACGAGUCAAUUGACUCUCCAAAGGCAAAAGAGCUGGCUUGUCUCUUAAGCCAUCUUGUGGAUGGGCGGAAAGGUGGAGUCCAUCUUUCAAACCAAGCCUGGAAGGAAUACCGCAAAACCAUCAGCCCUAAGCAACGAGCGCUUCCUGCCUAUCGGAACUCAGACCGCAAGCACAAGAAGACGAAUAUUGUCGACUUCCUCAAAUUUGAGGUUGCCAAAUCCGAGCUUUUUAGGAUUCUGAAAGGUCUCAACGAGGCGUUCCCAGAAUAUGAAAUCCAGAACCAACUGGAUGAUGAUCUCAUCCGUCCGUGGAACGAAGCUCUUGAAGCAUCAAAGGCUCAUUCUGAGCACAGCGAGGAGCUGAAAGCUGUCCUUCGUGAAGUUGAAACAUCGAUAGACAAAUUAUACAAGCAAUGGAACCAAGGACACUCUUCUUCUACGGGCGGAGAAUUCUCUAUCAUUUCACGCCAAGCUGCCGAAAGUGCGGCCGCACUUACUCCCCCAAAACGGGCAGACAUCCGCUCAUUCACACUUGGCAAAAUAGCCGCAAUGAGUGGCGCCGAUUGCUAG